AAAACCUCACAGGGAAGGGGUUUGAGUUGAUUUUUAGACGUAGAGGCAGCAUUAAUAUGUUAUGGAUUAACAUUUACUACAGCUGUGAUGUAACAAAAUGUCCUAUUGAGCCUGGGCCCUUUGUGCUUACUUUAGAUAACAUAAACGACCCAGACGGUAAUCACCUAUCAGGAGAAUAUAUUCUUCAAUUCUUAAUUGACAACGGGGAUUCACCGAUAGAAGGAUUCUGUGCCUCUUUCAGUUUUCAUGCCAAUGCUUUGCCGGAAUUCAUGAACAUUCCUACAACUAAUAGUGUCAGUGUGCGUAAAGUCGAGAUCUUUCCAUUUAAAGUUACUGUUAACGAUAAUCCAGUCUUUAGGAUAACCGUUAAUACACCCAAAAAUAUCUCAUCUUCUUCAACGGUAUCAGCAAGAAUGACUUUCGAGGGAGGAUCAGAGCUAAUUCCUAAGUCUUCGAGAUUUGGUUACAGACUCUGUGAUAGUACGAAGAACUGCCCAAUUGUACCUGGCACCUUUGAGCUUGCUAUUCCUCACCCAUACUGGAGGUACAAGAUGGAAGCUGGUAAAUAUCGUGUUGAAGUACAAAUUGUAAAUCAGAAUAUUCCGUUCGACGUAAGUAUGAGCGUCGUUUUCUGGUUUCAGGUUAGUGAAGCCUAGCUAGAGACUGAAACUAUAUGGUUGAAAGAGUCUGUCUCUGGUGUAUGGUAAUCUUAAUCACUUUGUGUUGUAUCGUUUUGUGUGUCGUCCAACAAAUAAACAAGGGUUCUUCUUGUAAAAAAAAACACACCUUCGACCCACCCAUGUUACAUGUAUGUGUGUUUAUUAUUUGGUUUGAUUAAAUAGAAAAAAUUACAUCUU